AUGACAACGCUGUUUAUUCCGCAAUUAAAAGAAUCAACAUCAUCAAAAACUACAAUAGCAGAAACAGCAACAGACUCUUCUAAACUUUCACUUUCAUAUUUAAAAACAUUAACAAAUAUUGAAGAUAUCCAAGAAUGCUUAAGAAUAUUGGAUUCUGAAGAAAAUCAAGUUGAUUUAAAUUUAGAUGAAUUAUUGGAAAAAAGGUUGCAAUUAGAAUCGGAAUUAGAUAAUUUAGAAGUUUUAAGACCGCAAUUAGGAUUACUUAAUUCUCAAGCUACUAAUUUGAUAAACAUAAUAAAAGAAACAUCCAAUGUAGCAGAAAGAAUAAGUGCACAAGUUCGACAAUUAGAUUUAGAGCAAUCAAGGGUACAAGAAGCAAUAAAUGAAGUUGAGAUCGUACAAGAAUUAAAACAUUGUAUAACAGGAAUGCAUCAAUCAAUGUAUAGAAAAGAUUAUGAAACAGCAGCAUCUUAUGUCAAUAAGGCUUUUUCAAUAGACAAAAAAAUAUUAAAUGGGAAAUUUGCAGAAAUGGCUGCGCCGUCAUCAGAAUAUCCAGAAAUACCAACUAAAACUUUAACAGAUAUUAGAGAGGCUUUAUUUACUAUCUUUUCAAGAGAAUUUGAUUUAGCCAUACAAUCAAAGGAUGAAAAAAGUAUUAGUAGGUUCUUUAGAUUAUUUCCUUUAAUUGGUAAAGAAACUGAAGGUUUGGAUAAAUAUUCAAAAUUUGUUUGUGGAAUCAUUGCUGAUAAAAUCACAGGACCAAACUUCUAUGGGCAUGCUCUAAAUAAAUUAUUUGAAAAUAUUGCAAUGAUUAUUGAUCAUCAUCAACCUGUUGUAGAAAAUCAUUAUGGAUCUGGUAAAAUGAUAAGAGUUAUUGAAAGACUUCAAGAAGAAUGUGACAAACAAAGUAUAAUUAUUAUAAACAGUUUUAGUGAUGAAAGAAAUCUCGAAAGAAAGGUAGUAGAUGUUCGAACUUAUAAUAGUAGUGCAUCUAAAAAAUCUAUUACUAAUUCACAACAUUCAGGCAAAUCAUCAAAAAACAAUGAAACUAAUCCUGACCCAAGAGAAUUAGAUUUAAUAUUAUCAGAAUUAGCAAUGAUUAGUGCAAGGUCAUGUUUAUAUCUUAGGUUUAUGGAAUCUAGAGCACAGUAUCAAAUUGUCAAUAACAUUGUUUCUACAGAUAUAAUAAAAUCCAGCAGUCUGGCUAAACAAUUGAAAUCAUUAAUGAAUGAUUUUGUUAUAAUGGAAGAAUAUUUUUUUAGAAAAGCAAUUGAAAAAGCAAUGUCUAUUGAUAAUUACGAAGAAGUAAAUAAAACAUCAAGUUGUGUUGGAGAUGUUUUCUAUAUAUUAAAAGAAUGUUUAAACAGAGCAAUUUCAACAUCUGAUGUUGACUGUUUAACAACAAUUGUUAAUCAAAUUAUACAAAGUUUAGAAAAUGAUUAUAUUACUUUAAUUCAAAGAAGGCUUUUUACUUCAUUUGCUGCAACUGAAUCAAAGGAUGCAAAAAUGGGAUACAUGGUUUGUAAUUAA